AUGGCCACACAGCAUGUCGUAGCCUCCUCGUCCGUGCAUCAUUCCGCGUCGGCGACCUCCAACGGCAUCGUCGGCGGUCAUUUCCGCGUCGGCAAGAAGAUUGGAGAGGGCUCGUUCGGUGUCGUCUUCGAAGGUAUCAACCAGCUCAACAAUCAGCCCGUCGCUAUCAAGUUUGAACCGCGCAAGUCGGAGGCUCCUCAGCUGCGAGACGAGUAUAGGUCGUAUCGGACAUUAAAUGGCACUCCUGGCGUCCCGCAAGUACACUACUUCGGCCAGGAAGGACUGCACAACGUCCUCGUUAUUGAUCUGCUUGGUCCUAACCUCGAGGAUCUAUUCGACAUGUGCGGCCGCAAGUUCACCAUCAAGACUGUUUGCAUGGCUGCAAAGCAGAUGAUCACUCGCGUACAGGCGAUACACGAGAAGUCACUCAUUUACCGUGACAUCAAGCCGGACAACUUCCUCAUCGGGGUGCCAGGAUCAAAAACCGCAAAUACGAUUCACAUAAUAGACUUCGGUAUGGCGAAGCACUACAGGGACCCGAAGACGAAGGUGCAUAUACCCUACCGGGAGCGUAAAUCGCUAUCGGGGACGGCGCGAUACAUGUCGAUAAACACACACCUGGGACGAGAGCAGUCGCGGCGAGACGACCUCGAGUCGCUGGGACACGUCUUUAUGUACUUCCUGCGAGGUGGUCUGCCCUGGCAGGGCCUUAGGGCGGCGACGAACAAGCAGAAGUACGAGAAGAUCGGCGAGAAGAAGCAAAGCACCCCUAUCGAGGAACUUUGCGAAGGUUUCCCGGAGGAGUUUGCGAUCUACAUGAAUUAUGUCCGCAAGCUCGGAUUCGAGGAGACGCCGGACUACGAAUUCCUGCGUGAGCUGUUCACGAAGGUGCUCAAGACGCUCGGCGAGCCCGAGGAUGGCGUCUUUGACUGGAUGCUUUUGAACGGCGGCAAGGGCUGGGAAGCCGGACACGCACACGCAAAUGUCACUGGAACGCAUGCAACGCACCGCGACCACCGUGCCCGCGACCAUAACGGCCACCGUCGCGUCUCGCGGCAGGCACCGCAGGCAGAUGGCGUCCAGAGUCCCGCGUCGCCGCUUGUCCUUCCGCCCGCGCCCGUCAAGAGCAACAGCCGCCGUAUACCGCAGCAGCCACUGCAGCAGCCUCAGCAGCUGCUGCAGCAGGACGUCUCGCGUGGCAACUCGCGUGAGCAGAUCAGCGUGCAGCCGCUGGCACCUACGAGCCGGCGCCAGAGCCAGCAGCAGAUUGGGCCGCGCGGCGAGCGGGACAGCACCGGGCUGGUGCAUCCGUAUGCGGCUACGCCGAGCCCGGGUGGGUACCGGACGACGUAUGACCGCCAGUCGCCGACGGGGGGCGUCGCGCAGCUGUCUCCCAACGUGCCGAACGUGGCGACCAACUCGGACUCGUUCGUGUAUGGGCAGCAGCAGCAGCCAGCGAAGACGGGGACGACCUCGCGCGAGGGGACGACGGCGGGGGCGAACAGGGAGAUGGCGACCGGAAGCGGUACGCGGGGGAUGGGCAUGUACGACCGAGAGCAGAUGGCGAGGGUGGGAGAGCCGGACGAGCAUGGACAUGGGAGGAAGAAGUCGUUCUGGGCCGCGCUGUGCUGUCGAGGAUAA